AUGUCAUUUGUAAAAGAUUUUAAGCCACAAGCUUUAGGUGACACCAACCUAUUCAAACCAAUCAAGAUCGGGAACAAUGAACUUUUGCACCGUGCUGUCAUUCCUCCAUUGACCAGAAUGAGAGCUCUUCACCCUGGUAAUAUCCCAAACAGGGACUGGGCAGUCGAAUACUACACCCAACGUGCUCAAAGACCUGGUACCAUGAUUAUCACUGAAGGUGCCUUCAUAUCCCCACAAGCCGGCGGUUACGAUAACGCUCCAGGUGUUUGGUCGGAAGAACAAAUGGUGGAAUGGACCAAAAUCUUCAACGCUAUUCAUGAAAAGAAAUCGUUCGUUUGGGUUCAGUUAUGGGUUUUGGGUUGGGCUGCUUUCCCAGACACUCUUGCCAGAGAUGGUUUGCGUUACGAUUCAGCUUCUGACAACGUUUUCAUGGAUGCCGAGCAAGAAGCUAAGGCCAAGAAGGCCAACAACCCACAACACAGUCUAACCAAGGACGAAAUCAAGCAAUACAUUAAGGAAUACGUCCAGGCUGCCAAGAACUCUAUUGCUGCUGGUGCCGAUGGUGUUGAAAUUCACAGUGCUAACGGUUACUUGUUAAACCAGUUCUUGGACCCUCAUUCCAAUACUAGAACCGAUGAAUAUGGUGGAUCUAUUGAAAACAGAGCUCGUUUCACCUUGGAAGUUGUUGAUGCUCUUGUCGAAGCCAUUGGUCAUGAAAAAGUUGGUUUGAGAUUGUCCCCAUACGGUGUUUUCAACAGUAUGUCUGGUGGUGCCGAGACCGGCAUUGUUGCCCAAUAUGCUUACGUUGCUGGUGAAUUAGAAAAGAGAGCUAAAGCCGGAAAACGUUUAGCUUUUGUUCAUUUGGUUGAACCUCGUGUAACUAACCCAUUCUUGACUGAAGGGGAGGGUGAAUACGAAGGAGGUAGCAACGAUUUUGUUUACUCCAUCUGGAAGGGCCCAGUCAUUAGAGCUGGUAAUUUUGCUCUCCACCCAGAAGUCGUUAGAGAAGAAGUUAAGGACAAGAGAACCUUGAUCGGUUACGGUAGAUUCUUCAUUUCUAACCCGGAUUUGGUUGAUCGUUUGGAAAAAGGUCUACCUCUGAACAAAUAUGACAGAGAUACUUUCUACCAGAUGUCUGCUCAUGGUUAUAUUGACUACCCCACCUAUGAAGAAGCUCUCAAAUUAGGCUGGGACAAAAAGUAA